GUCAGAUGGCGCGCAGUGUCGCUCCGCCAUGACACUUCGCGAUGCACGGAAAGAUGCGGCGCGCCAGGAGAUGUCAGUGAUAUCACGAAUUAAUUUAAGAGCAUUUCUAGCCUAAUGGGAAUGUACUUGUGAUGGCUGUAUUAUUUUUUACUUAAUAAAUAACAAGGGCAUUCGAUGCGGUUAAUGUGAUUAAUAUUCGGACGCUCGCUUUCCCGGAUUCAGAAAAGUAUAUUUUUUUCAAGAUAUUUUGUUCGUGUUUCUAUUCGCGAAUGCGAUAUCGAACGUGAUCGAGCGGGAUCAAAAGUGCCGAAUGUAUUCGCGAGUGAUCUUAUUUUUUUCCUAUCGUCCGUUUAUUUCGAAGUGCAUCUGUGUGUAGUGAAAUGCGAUAAAUAAAUAUUGCAAAUAUAAAACGAUAGAAAAAACAGUGCAGUGAUCAGUGUGAAACCAUAUGGGAUUAUAGCAGAGCAGCAGUGGAACAUUAAAGCGGAUAUGUUUAAAGCAGAGAGGUUUAAAUAAUCGACUCAACGCAAUGUUACUUAGGUUAUCCGACAAAGAUUCAAGAAUACUAGUGUCUUUUCAAAUGUGCGAGGAAGAUCUAAUGUGCUAAAAAUAAAAGAAAAUAUUAAAAAAUACAUCGAGAAGCCUUUUAUUUUUUUAAAGAGAAGAUAAUCACGAGACAUGGUAAAUGUCACAAAAGGCAUUUUAGUCGAAUGUGAUGCAGCUAUGAAACAGUUCCUUCUACAUUUGGAUGAAACAUCUGCACUAGGAAGAAAGUUUAUAAUUCAAGAUCUGGAUGAAAGACAUCUAUUUAUAUCUGCUGAUAUAUUAGAGACUCUGCAAGCAAAAGUGGAUGAUUUAAUGGAUCAGAUAUCAUUCCCAUUGGCGGAAAAAUAAAUAUAAACAAAGAUAUAUAUAUUUGCUCUGUAAGAUUUGUAA